AUGAAACACAUCUGGGAACAUUUGCGUGUGAUCCUCAUCGAGUGUCAGCAUGGUUUUGUACCGGGCAAAUCGUGCACUGCUCAGCUCAUUGACGUUCUAGAUAAGAUUGGAAGAUUGCUCGACCGAGGAGAGCAGAUAGACGUCAUAUACCUAGAUAUGUCCAAGGCUUUUGACAGGGUGAAUCACAAAAUAUUGAUAGAAAAACUACGCCAUCUAGGAUUGACUAACCUCGUCAGAUGGUUCAAAUCAUACCUUUAUCGUCGCCGUCAACAGGUUACCGUCCUUGGAGCAACAUCACCCACCUUGCCGGUAACGUCUGGUGUUCCCCAAGGUUCUAUCCUCGGUUCUGUACUAUUUCUGUUGUACGUACUCAAUGAUUUACCUGACAAAUUCUCCUCAUCAAAGAUAGCUGCCUUCGCAGUUGACACGAAAAUCAUCAAGCGCAUUUCAAGUAUACCUGACAACAUUCACCUGCAGGAGGACUUGAAUAGCUUAGUGCAGUGGUCCAGUUCCACUGAUCUUACGUUUAACCCAAUCAAAUGCAAAGUUCAGACCAUAUCGCGCAAACGAAAGCCAAUCAAGACUUCUUACACCAUGGACGACUCAGAUUUAGAACAUUGCAGUCAUGAAAAAGACCUUGAAGUUUGGAUAUCAUCUGACCUGACGUGGAAGAAACAAGUGCAGACGCAAAGUGCUAAAGCCAACAAGAUCUUGGGCUAUGCAAAGAGAACAACACAGCGCAUAGGUAGUGUCAGAACUAGGAGAACAAUCUAUCUGACUGUUGUUCGUGCACAUCUUGCUUAUUCAUCGCAGGUCUGGGCCCCUCAAACUGUGGAACUGAUCAAAGAAAUAGAACGAAUUCAACGACGUGCCAACUAA